AGUACAGUAAAAAAUGACUAUGUACCAUUGAAAAAUCUAAUACACAACAUUAAAAAUUACUCUCCACCUAGGAGUACACAACACCCAGAGGUUCUGUUUAAUGUGGACAUGUGGAACUGACACAUUUCAGGAAUCGCUUUUCAGGAGCACAUGUGACAAAAUCCGUACACUGGAACCCAGGGGCGGACUGACCAUUUGGAAACUCGGGCACUGCCGGAGGGCCCGGGGUCAGUAGGGGGCCCCAUGAGAUGCCCCUGGUACCUUUUUCAUAGGUUUUUUUGAGUUUGGGCAAGGACACACAGGGGCCCCAUGAUCCCCUAUUGCCUGGGGGCCCCAU